GAAAUUGAAGAAAUAACAUUAGAACUAGACAUCAAGAUAAAUCGAAAAGAUUUUGGCGCCAAUGAAUGUAAAUUUUUAUUCGCGUAUACUGUUGAAGAGCAAGAAUCUCAAUCCAAUAGACAUUUUUACUCUUUCAUACAAAUUGCGCAACAAAUGGGCCGCACAAUGGUGUUAACUAACGUUGGAGGAUCUCGUAUAUCAUCACUUAAAAAUUUUCCUUUUGACUUCUAUUAUAACGUAGAUGAAUUAAGCAAAAAAUUUCCGCAAGUAAAAUUUAUUUUACAACAUGAAUUUCAAAAAUGGGCCAAAGAGCGUGAAAAUAAUGAUCUAAACCAAUUUUUAUCAGACGUAUUAGAAAGUAAUGCUGAAGUUAUGCUGAUAACGCAGGAAGGAAUACGAGGUCCGAUAUUUGAAAGACUUGCACCGAUGCCAUACGCAAGUCAUAUAACCAAUGCGGCUUCGAACUUUGCAAACAAAUUAAAACCAUAUAUUGGAAUUCAUUGGCGUAUGGAAUCAGGUCAAUUAGAUCUAAUGUCAAAAUGCGCUGAAAGUCUUGUUACCUAUAUAAGAAACUUUGGGAUUACAAAUAUUUAUUUGGCUACGGAUUAUCCACUUGCCGAAUAUAUGCAUAAUAAGGCACAGUCAGAUACAUUUCAUCAUAUACAUGAAGAACACCAUAUAGUUAUGAGAAUUUUAAAUUCUACACUUAAUAUAAACACUUGGGUUUCAACACACGCGCUAGAUUAUCUUAAAUCAUCACUAAACGCUACAAAAACGAACCAAUUACAAGAGGAACUUAGAGGUGGCGGUAUCCAAGGAAUCUUUGAUAAAUUAAUGUUAAUACAAGCCGAUUAUUUUAUAGGUGGUCCUGAAAAUUGCUGUAGAUACAUGAGUACUUACACAUUACAAAUUAAGGAUGCAAGAGAGGAAUCAUUUAAAAAUAAUGGAACAAUUAAGAAUGUUAUUGAUAGGUGGGAACUAUACUAG